AUGCCAUUUAAACGCGACCCAGGAGGCCCUGGCAAUGCAAUACAAGAAACACAGACUGGCCAAUGCUGCGCUACAGUGCAACAAACACAAACUUUUCAAGUGCCGGUUGAGUUGAUGCAACAAAAGGGAGCGUGUCCAGGCUUGAUUCCACAAGGACUACUAGGUGGAUUGUUGCCACAACCAGAUGCAUGUUUGGGUGGAUUGAUGCCACAACCAGAUGCAUGUUUGGGCGGAUUCAUGCCACAACAAGAAGUAUGCCCGGGUGGAUUAAUGCCACAACAACAAGUAUGUCCGGGUGGAUUAACGCCACAAGUAUGUCCGGGUGGAUUAACGCCACAACAACAAGUAUGUCCAGGUGGAUUAAUGCCACAACAACAAGUAUGUCCGGGUGGAUUAACGCAACAACAAGUAUGCCCGGGUGGAUUAACGCCACAACAAGUAUGCCCGGGUGGAUUAAUGCCACAACAACAAGUAUGUCCGGGUGGAUUAAUGCCACGACAAGGAACAUGUUCGGAUGGACUCAUGCAACAACAAGAGGGUUUGUGCGGGCAAAAGCAACAGCAACAACAACAAGGAGGUCGGUUACUGCAACAGCAAGCAGGUAUGGGUGGCUUAAUGCAACAGCAAGCAGGAUUGGGUGGACUAAUAAAGCAAUGUCAACAAGGUUUUGGAGGAUUAAAGCAAGCGCAACAAGCAGGUUGUCCUGGGUUAGUGCGACCAGGAUUCCAGGGUGGAUUAGGCAGACCAUGUCUACCACAAGUAGGAUUCCCAUAUGGGUUAGGCGGACGGCAACGUGGAAUGUGUAGGGGUAUGCUACCAGCAGGGUUUCAACCUGGACUGUACGAGUCUGUGCCACAGCAAGCUGAAUUGGAUGGGUCAAUGCAGCCACACCAAGGAUUGCAAUACGGAUUGGAUGAACCAAUUCAACCACAAUUAGGGUUGCAACCUGGAGUGGGGCCACAACAACCAACUGGUUUGGAGUCAAUGCAACCGCAAUUUCAACGAGGGAUGUAUGAGCCAGGGCAACCGCAACAAGCUGGGUACCAUCGUGGUUUGAAUGAACCACUGAACCCACAACAGGCUACAUACCAACGUGGAUUGAAUGAACCACUGAACCCACAACAGGCAGGAUACCAACGUGGAUUGAAUGAACCGCUGAACCCCCAAUCAGCUGGAGUCCAACCUGCGUUGGGAGAUCCAAUGGGGCAACAACAACCAGGAUUAAAACAUGAAGUCGAGUCACCGCAACCACAAACAGAGUCGCAAUCUGGACCGGAUGAGUCAAAAAAGAAAAAAAGGAAAGAAAGAUAA